AUGUCAGACUUUUCGGGCUAUAAGGUUGAGAUUGCUUCUAACCAACUGGGCACCAUUGUCGGAACUGUUACCUCUUACAAUGAAAACAAAAUCGACCUGGUUAAUGCCCUUGUUAAUGGAAAGACUGUUCGCGAACCUCAGUAUUCCGUAGAUAAACAGUUUAUAAGCCAACUACGGAUAAUCUCAACUCUAAAUGCGCCAUCUGGAGAUAGUCAGGCCGCUGUCGGUGUUCACCAGAGUCCCUCUUCCCGUGACCUUCGACGCGACAAACUCCGUAACAUUCCUGGUGCAUGUACAGCCUACGUCUGCGACCGAUCGCCUCCCCGCGUCAUCAAAACUCCCAAAAGUCAACUGAGAGUGCACCACAAGAACCCUGACAACAGCCUUGAAAAGGGUUCAGCGGCUCCAAAAAGCGGAAAUGUUGGUGCCGCCGUCCGUCGGCGCAAUCGAUCGAAGUCUAGUGAGUUCAGCUUCUUUGUACACUGGUCACAAAUUGCACGCAUGAAUACUACACCUGGAGAGGGAGUAGCUCAGGGCUACUGUUCUGGCUGUGAAAGUGAUCCCGUUGCCUCGCACACCUCAAAGUCAGCGAAUCCGGACAGAAGACGUCGAAAACCCAAGCGUAAUGCCAGCGGUUCCAGUACAAAUGGCUUGGCAGCCGGAUGGGAGUCUCUCCGAAUUGAAGAUUUCAUCGACAAAGAAUUUGACUUCGAGGCCAAUCUCGCUCUCUUUGACAAGAAAGCCUUUUAUGAGAAAGCGGAUGCGGCGGAGGCCUGCGAUGGCAGUGCUAAUGGCAACAAGGGUCGUCUGCGGCAGCUUUUCCCCGAUGUGGAGCAAGUCCUGGUCGAAGGGCCCAACGGAAUCGGCUUUGUACCGGCAUCUGACGCCAACUCCGCCGAAACUCCAACACCCAUAAAGGCACAACGCCAACACGAACAGAAUACAGUCGCGUCUCCCCUCUGCACACCCACCCCUGCCGCCUGGUCUACCCCCACGGGCCACAAGGUGCCCUUCCUAUCUAGUGCCGUGCACGAUCGGAUCUUGCACUACCUCGCCACCGGGAAGGACGUGGAUGGGGUCGUUCCAGCGCUUCCGCAAGGACUCACAUGGGACCGCAUCAUUGAGACAGCUGGACUAGCCGUCGUCAACGCCGCCGUCAACUUUCUCAAGCAGUCGCCAGCCAAAAUGUCCAAUAGGUACACGUCUAGUCACCGUAGAAGAAACUGUCACCCACAUUCAACAACUAAAUUUAUGUUUUUGAACAGAACUGGGCAGCAACAGCAGCCACCCUCAAGUCGGCCACCGCUUCGCGUCCUCGUGCUCCCGGGCACCGCAAAUUUGGCCGGCGCGCUGGCCAUUAACGCCGCCCGCCACUUGGCUUGUCGUGGAGGCGCCUGCGUUCUCCUCUACUGCCCUCCCACCGCCUCCGCAGGCCUUCAACCCUCCGUGAAUGCAGCCUGUGGCGAUGUCACCGCCUCCUACCGCGUUGAAAUGACCCUCGCGCAGACUCUUGCACCAAAGGCAGCACUUUUCGUCACAGACGACGAUGACGUGGAGGCGGAAGAAGACGAGGCGUCCAUUGUUGACUCUGGAGACGGCGAAUUCACUAGCCAGGCCGGCCGUAUGUGGAUCAGUCGUAUCCCUGGGCUGAAGGUCGUUUCCACGGUGUCAGGUGUCACCUGUCGGCCGAGAAAUGCGUUGAUUGAUCUUCUAAUCCUUGGACAGCCCCUGGAUCAGUACGACAAGGCGAUACGCGAUUGGUUGACCAACCACACAGCAAUCUGCCUGACAGUUCAAGUCGCCAAGCCACAAUCAUCGCUUACCUCCGCUACAAUCUUCCCUCCCCGAUCGCUCAAGUCGUGGCUCAUUCAGCUGGGGCUGCCCACAGUCUCACCAUCGCAGUGUCCGCUAACAGUGGACGUGCACCUAGUUGACGUGGGCAUGAGCAGGUCGCUGGUUUCGCGUGUGACUGGCGACCUGCGCGCCCUGCCGCCGAUGGGCCUGUUCGACACGACAUUCACCGUUCACCUAACCAGUAAAGGCAGCAUGUAG